CUGCAGCUGUCGUCCUCUUCUUGGAAACCUCUCGGCCCUGGUGUUUGGUCCUGGUGUUUGGUGGAUGCUAACCCCUGAAUACCAGACCAAACAUCCCCGAGCCUGCAGAGCUUCAAGUGGGACCCGAUCCAACUCAGGAUGCCUUCCCGCUCCUCCUAGAUAGGAAAAUAGUGUGGGAGCCACUGCCGAGAGAGACUUACCUUACCCUUUACGGAGCUGAGAGAGGGCCACCGAAACACCGCAGGAUGCCGGCCAAGACCCCCAUGUACCUGAAGACCACAACCCCCAAGAGGGGCAAGAAGAUCCGGCUGCGGGACGUCCUGUCGGGGGACAUGAUCAGCCCCCCGCUGGGGGACGUGCGGCACAGCGCCCACGUGGGGCCUCAGGGCGAGGGGGACAUGUUCGGGGACGUGGGCUUCCUCCAGGGGAAGAUGGACAUGCUGCCCGCCCAGGGGGGCCGCGGGUCCGGCGGCGGGGGGCCGGGACGCUCCCACAGCGUGGAGCGACACCUGGCCGACGGCGGGCCCUUCCCCUCGGACCCCCACGGGCCCCGGGCGCACGACUACUCCUACAACGGCUUCCACUACAUCAACUCCUCGGCCGGCCUGCUCAAGUCCACCGUGUCCAUGCCCGUGUUCAUCGCCCACGAGCAGGCCCCGCCCAAGCCGCCCCGCCUCCACCUGGAGGACUCCGCCCCCGCUCAGGGCAACGGCCACGGCCCCUCGCCGCGCUCCGAGGACGGCGGCCACAGGCACGCCGCCCCGAGCAACGGGCACUCGUCCCGCGGCGCCCAGAGCCAGCAGCAGCAGCAGCAGCAGCAGCAGCAGCAGCAGCAGCAGCAGCAGCAGCAGCAGCAGCGCCCCGUCCCGUCGCUGCGGGACUGCGGGGUAGGGGGCCGGCUGGUGUCGGAGCCCUGCCGGGACAUCUCCUUCCCCGCCGCCAUGCGCAAGCUGGUGCCCUCCUCGGGCUCCUUCUCCGAGGUCUCCUCCGAGGACUCCGUCUCCGAGACCUGCGGGCCCCUGGGCCCGCACAGGGGCCUCAGCCUGGACUCUGACGCCGGGCUGAGCAACGAGGACCUGAGGAGCGACCGCAGCGAGUCGCCCGGCACCCCCUCCGCCGUCGCCUCCCCCUCCGUCGCCCCCUCCGCCGUCGCCCCCACCUCCGUCGCCCCCUCCGCCGUCGCCCCCUCCGUCUCCACCCCCAUCCACCCAGGGGGGGUGGCGUCGCUCAGGGCCGCUCCCCCCCACCUGGCCAUCUCCCGGUCGGACUCCUUGGCCGGGCUGAACCUGGACCUGGGCCCCUCGAUCCUGGAGGACGUGCUUGGCAUCAUGGAGCGAUACAAGAAGGUGGACGAGCGCUGCGAGCUGUGAGCUGUGAGCUGUGAGCUUUGAGCGGCGGGCUGUAGCUGGCCGUGGUGUGUUCCUGCUUUACAGCCCUGGGAGUGGGGAGAGGGGUUCAGACAGAGGGAGAGAUGGGGGAGGUAGGGGAGAGGGAGCCAGGGGAGAGGAGAUAAGAGGGAGAGGGAGACAGAGAGAAAAAGGGAGACAGUGAGAUAGAGGGGGAGUGAGGGAGAGGGAGGAAGAGAGAGAGAGAGAAAGACAGGAAGACAGUGGGAGAGAGAAUGAGAGAGAGAGGGGGAGACAGAAAGAUGGGGGAGAGAAAGAGAGAAAGAGAGAAAGAGAGAGGAGUAGAGAAGGAGAAAGGAGGUUACUAUUUUUUAGACAAUCUAAAAAACUGAAUUUAAGGGGGAAACGAAAGCUUUCAAAUUCAGCCACACUGUAGGAAUGUGCUUCACGGCGUGAGAAAGUUGUUGUUUUCUCUCUGGAUACAAACCGACCAGAGGUGCUUGAAAAGCCAUCAGUUGUGUUGUGUUUAAGUUUGACCACAGCCAAGCCAGACGUAAGGCUGGUCCUUUUGAACGUUUUUUUAAAUGGCUGGACACCCGGAAAUUACAGUGGGGCCACUGCUGGAAUGAGGACGCAAACGGAACCCUUGGCUCACCACAGUCUCGUGCUAGUCACGCCGAGACAAACCUCUGCUAUUUCUCUCGUAAAUAUAGUCUGUGAAGAGCUACAGCUGUGAUUUGAAUAUAUAGACACUGCAGUACAUCGUUUUGACAACAGAUGUCGCCACACCUCUUGCUAGAUUGCUGUCCAUUCAGAAAUAAUGAAUUAUAUAAAGAUGACGAUGACAUGUUUAGUACAAUGCUCGCCUCUGAAUACAAUUAGUACACACUUCAGUGCUUAGACAUUUAGAUUGAAAAUUUCACAUAAAUGUAUUUGUUUAACUUGCUUUAGAAAUGGUAUUCUUCAGCGUCAUUAUGCAGAUGAUAAGUAGGCCUAGUAAUGUAGAACAGCAUCUUUAUACGAUUAUUUGUUGAAGAUUUCACUUGACUAACAGCAAAGCAGAAUGUGUGUGUUUUGGCCCAAGCGCUCCACAUGUCAUUGUUGAUAGAUGGAUACUGGUGUCCUUGGAUGCCACCUAGCGCCAUUUCAGAGAACUGAAUUAUUAACGUUUCAAGUGAUUUUCAUGUUUGAUAUUGUGAUUACCAUAGAGAACGAAGAAGACGACGAUUUUUUUUGUCAAACCGAAUAAAUCGUUUUGAAAUUGUAAGUGCUCAUUUUAUUUUUGAAAUGAAAACAUUGGUUUUGACGUAUACCGUUGAAUCCCAUAUCAUCGCAGUAGUUUAUAUUUGAUCAUUAAGAGAAUAUAUAUAUAUCAUUGUAAAUGUAUAAAUAAAUAUAUUCCUUUACGAAAUACAA